UCUUUACUUUUUAAGUUUUUUGCCGUACUUGCAAGUGUGUGUGCUUUAUAGGGCUUCAAUUUUCACUCCAAAAAAUUCCGCUAAAUUUUUUGUGUUUCUCGAUCGGUUAUAUACAUACAAAUCACUUGAAAUCAUGAGCUUUGAAGAGGAGAAAAAGUGUCCUUUGUGUGCUGAAGAGAUGGAUUGGACUGAUCAGCAGUUGAAUCCUUGCAAAUGUGGUUAUGAGGUGUGUGUUUGGUGUUGGCAUCACAUAAUGGAUAUGGCAGAGAAGGAUGCAACAGAGGGACGCUGCCCUGCCUGUCGGACUCCUUAUGAUAAGGAUAGGAUUGUGGGACUGGAAACAAAUUUUCAGAGGGUGGUUGGCAAUGGUUCAAGUCGAAAACAAAAAGUAACAAAGGCAAAGGCAAAACCGAAUGAAGGGAGGAAGGACCUUAGCAAUGUUCGUGUUAUGCAGCGAAAAAUGGCUUAUAUUAUUGGCCUGCCCAUUGAUCUUGCUGAUGAAGAUCUAUUGCAGCGAAAAGAGUAUUUUGGCCAGUAUGGUAAAGUAACUAAGAUUUCCCUCUCUCGGACUGCGGGAGGGGCUCUCCAGCAGUUUAUUAAUGAUAGUUGCAGUGUAUAUAUUACUUACUCAAAGGAGGAGGAAGCUAUGAGAUGUAUUCAAUCUGUGCAUGGUUAUGUUUGGGAUGGUAGACUUUUAAGAGCAUCAUUUGGUACCGCAAAGUAUUGUCAUGCAUGGUUGAGGAAUACGCCUUGCAACAAUCCUUCAUGUUUAUAUUUGCAUACUCUUGGUGCUGAAGAAGAUAGUUUUGGUAGAGAUGAAGUAGCUGCAGUUCAUACUAGGAAUAGAGUUCAGGAAAUAGUUGGUUCCACUCACUAUCCUCAUAAACGCUCAGGAAGUAUGUUACCACCACCUAUAGUUGAUCAAUUAAAUAAACAUAUUGCUCGGGCUCAAGAUCCAGUGUGUAACAAUGGCUCGCCAGAUGUUGCACAUGCAACAGAAGCUACUAGUGAACACUUGCCCGUCAGAUCUUCUAAACAAACGACAACUUUUGUGGAUAUUGUUGGGCGGCCUUCUAAUUCAACUGUUAAAGAUGUGAAUUUGAUUGAGGAAGAACAGAUAUCAAAUCUUGAGACCAAAAGCUCAGAUUCAUUGCUGUUGAAAUCAUCAACUCCCGACCAACUUGUUACUUCACCUACCUCUGAUGAUCAAAAUUUGAAGGUUUUUGUUGGAUCAAGUCAUUCGGGUUCUUCCAUUCCUUCUCCUGCCGCUGAUACAGCUAAGAGCUCUAUUGAUCAUUCUUGGUGGCAUACUGAAAAUAAUAAUCAAGUGAGCAAUUAUGUGGAAGAAGAUACCAUACCAGCUCCAUGUAUGAAUUCCCUGUCAAAUGAGGCUUAUAACGAGAAGAAAUUCCAAAGUUCAGCUAAAUCAGAUAGGAUAUAUAGAGGGGCUAAUUCAUUUUCUAAUGAAGAAAUUGUGGAGCACUUGAGACGGCUAGAUGAUGAUACACCAGUGGAUAAUGAUGAAAAUUUUGCUGCUGUUGAAAGUAGUAUAAUAUCCAAUAUUUUGUCAAUGGAUUUAGAUGAUGAUAAUUCAGAUUACACUCAAACGGUAUCUGGGUUGUUCGAAACAAGAGAUAGGCGGCAUGGUUCUUCCUGGAAUUUUCAGAAUAACGAUCAAUCCAGAUUCUCAUUUGGAAAGGAACUUGGAUUUUCUAAUCAACAAAAUGACUUGCCUGGCAGCAUCGGUCAAGGACUGAAUCUCUCUCUUCAGGAUUCUUGCGAGAACAAAGAUGAUUUUUUCAAAUCCCAGCAACAGGUAGCAUCUAGGGGUUCGAAUGUGGGACCACCAGGAUUCUCUAUGCCCUGCAAGCCUCCACCUGGUUUUUCCACCAGCAUGCGAACUGAACAGGCUAUUCCUGCAAGCUCUGGAAAUUAUGUCAGGGUUGCACCAAAUAAUCAUUAUCGUUCACCAUCGUUGGGCAACCUAAGCAAUGGCAGUGAUGAUCUUAUCGAUCCUGUGGUUGGAGGCAAAUCAUCAACAAACGGGCUGCACACCAACUCAUGGACAUCAUCCUUUUCAUCUCGAUGUUCCAGCUCGUUUGAGGACUUAAAACACUCACUUUUCAUGCAACAACAACCUGUUCCUGCUGCCCCCAUUCCACAUCCUCAGGAUCCUCAGAUUUUUCAAGCCACAAUGCAGCAACAGCAAACACCUCAAUUUCUUUCAUCUCAGGAUCAGUUGUAUGGUGGUCUUACUUCUGGGUUAAUGGAUCUACAGCAGAGCUACAACCCAUCUUUAUUUACCCAACAGCCAAUGUAUGCAAACGGGUAUCAGCAGCCUAACCCCUUGCAGGAGUCUCAACAUCGUAAUAAUAGAAGUGCAGUAGAAAGAUUUGGCUUUGAAAGUUUCUUGCCAGGUUAUGGUGACUAUAUGUUCCAAAUGCCCACUUCGGGCGAUGUAUACACCCGGGUAUUUGGAAUGUAAAGAAUGCACCUACUCAACUUCUCUAGUUUUAUUAAAUGAAAUGAGCGAAAAAGUGUUGGUGGAGAUAUAGUUUGAUUGUGGAUGUUUGGUUCUCAAUUAAGUCGUGAAAUUUGCAACUAAUUUUGCUUUGA